UCCUCUAAACGCAAUUGAGGCGGACGGCUCCGUUAACUACUGAGUCCAUCAGUGGACGUGUGAUUGCAAAGCGUUAUUAUAUCAGGUGAAGAUAAUGACUUGUGAAAUAGUGGAGCUUCACAUGUACUGCACUCCUGCUGGCAUGGACCUCUUUUACAGUUUUUCCACUUUCUCUCUAUGCCAACAUUUUUAAUGUCCUUUUCAGUAAUAACGCUGACCUUAUUAAGCUGUCUUGCUUAAACGUCGUCAUCUGUCUUCAGGCUCUGUGUGGAGAGUUGGAUCAAGGGCCGCGGAGCAGAGACUGAAAGCUGCUGCGUUGCUGUGGACAAGCCAACUUCUAAAUGUGAAGCUAUCCCAUGAUGCAACAUGAGUCCCCAGCACCUGCAGUGACAAUGAUGGCCACCCAGAGCGUUCCUCCACCAUCGUACCAGGAGAGCCAACAGAUGACGGGCACCACUCAGCAGAACGCCAAGACCCCACAGGUCCAUAUCCCAGCAGCCUCUGCAGCAGGAAAUACCUCUGUCAGCGUGACCCUUGACCCCCAGGCCCAGCUUGAGUCUGACAAGAGGGCGGUUUACAGACAUCCGUUGUUCCCCCUGCUGGCGUUGUUGUUUGAGAAAUGCGAGCAGGCCACACAGGGAUCUGAAUGCAUCACGUCAGCCAGCUUUGAUGUGGACAUUGAGAACUUUGUGCAUCAGCAGGAGCGAGAACACAAGCCCUUCUUCAGCGAGGACCCAGAGCUGGACAACUUGAUGGUAAAGGCCAUUCAGGUGUUGCGAAUCCACCUAUUAGAAUUAGAGAAGGUCAAUGAGCUCUGUAAAGAUUUCUGCAAUCGUUACAUCACCUGCCUCAAGACCAAGAUGCAUAGCGACAACCUCCUCCGUAACGACCUCGGAGGACCUUAUUCCCCGUCACACACCAGUCUCAACGUGCAGCAGGAACUAAUUCAGACCUCCUCUCCAUCCAUGACCUCUAUCUCCAGCUCUGUUAACCCUUCAGGGAUAUUGAUGCCCGCCGGGGGUCUGCAUCAGAGCAAUGUCGCCAUGACUACCAUCAACUCUCAAGUGGUCUCGGGUGGGACCCUGUACCAGCCGGUUGCCAUGGUGACAUCGCAAGGGCAAGUGUUAACGCAGGCGCUGCCGCCGGGAACCAUCCAGAUCCAGAACUCACAGGUAAACCUGGACCUGUCGUCCCUGUUGGACAGCGAAGACAAGAAGUCCAAGAAUAAGAGGGGGGUCCUGCCCAAACACGCCACCAACAUCAUGCGCUCCUGGCUCUUUCAGCAUCUCAUGCACCCGUACCCAACAGAAGACGAGAAGAGGCAGAUCGCGGGACAAACUAAUCUCACGCUUUUACAAGUGAACAACUGGUUCAUCAAUGCUCGUCGGCGUAUCCUGCAGCCCAUGCUGGACGCCAGUAACCCGGACCCAGCUCCUAAAGCCAAGAAGAUGAAGUCCCAGCACCGUCCGACUCAGCGCUUCUGGCCCGACUCCAUCGUGGCUGGAGUUCUGCAGUCGCACCGAUCAGGAAACAACUCAGACAACCCGCUGAGUAUGGACAGCCUCCAGUCGCUGUCCUCGGACUCGGCCACCCUGGCUAUGCAGCAAGCCAUGCUGGGAGCCGACGACUCCAUGGACGGCACCGAGGAGGAGGACGAAGACGAAGAGGAAGAAGAAGAGGAGGAAGGGAUGGAGGAGGAAGAGGAGGAGGAGGAUGCCGAGGAGGAAAAUGACAGGGGGAGGCUAAUGUCCAGCGGAGGAGGAGGAGGAGAAGGAAGGAGAGAUCUGCGCAUGGAGCACAGGGAGGAACUAGAGUACACUGAACUGCACCGUGGCUCUCCGCAGGAGUUCAAAAUGUCCAUUGCCCAGGCGGCGGCCAAGGCCAUGCUAUCUGAUGCCCUGCUGCAGGACAGCCCCGGGUUAAACCGGAUCAGCCACCUGGAGCUGGAGCUUCCUCUGGACAAGGUCAUCAAGUAUGUGUCCGUCGGCCUUCCGCUUUUGCUGGUGACCAUGGCCUUCGCCCGCGAGAUCUCCCUGGGGCCUCAGAUCAGCUGUUUCCCUCCCAGCAAUUUCACCAUCAAGCAGGCCAGCUAUGUGGACACAUACUGCUGGGACUCUCUUAUGCACCACGAGUUUGACAGCAAUGGGAACUUUGAGGAGCGCUCACUCUGGGUACACAAAAUGUUCCCCUACUCUCUUCUGGCCAUGGCAGUGUUGAUGUACCUGCCGGCUCUCAUCUGGCGCCAGCUUGUCAUGCCCACUCUGGGCUCAGACUUGCUCUUCAUAAUUGACGAACUGGACAAGUCGUACAACCGCUCGAUCCGAAUGGCCCAGAGCAUUCUGGACAUGCGCCAGAACACCAGGAACCCCCUCACAUUUCAGGCCGAACUGCAAAGGGCUAAGAAGAAGCGAUACUUUGAGUACCCUCUUCUGGAAAGAUACAUGCAGGUCAAGCAAAACUCCUAUUUCCUCGUCAGCAUGCUUUUCUUGCGGGGCUUCCUCCUCCUGACCUUCAUAACAGCCGCCUGUCUCUACCUGGCCUACUUCCACCUGUCUGCCUUCCUGCAGGACGAGUUCAGCUGCUUCGUCCGCACGGGCAUGCUGCGUGAUCAGACCUGGGUUCCUGAACUGGUUCAGUGCAAAAUGAUUGGCCAGUUGGUGUUUCAGGUGAUAAGCGUGGCAAACGGUGCCAUCUAUGUCCUGCUGGCUCCUAUUGUCCUCUUCAGCCUGAUUCGGCUCUUCAUUUGGGACACCACCUUCUUCUCCGUCUACGAGGUCCUCCCCGCCCUCGACAUCCUCAACCGCCGUCGGCUCGGCUGCCCGUUGAACGACCUCAACGUCCUGCUGCUCUUUUUGCGCGCCAACGUGGCUCACCUGAUGUCCUACGGGAAGGUGAGGGCCCUGUGCUCGCUGGCGCCGCCGCAGGUGGGCAACGCCACCGCAGGGCAGGGAUUAAGCGCAAUGCUCAACCAAGAGGAGAUGGAAGAGCGCGAGGAGGCGACGAUGGAGCUGGCAGAGGAGGUGGAGGAGGCCAAGGAGGAAGGGAAGCUCAACCUCGUGGACAUCAUGACUAUUCUGGGAGCGGCGCAGGGAAGAGUUGUGAACUGCAGCGAGAAGAGGCCUCUGGUGGAGGAGAAUAUGAGUCUCGGUACUGUAACACUUAUCUACUCACUCAAACGCAUUCUGCUACUGGCUAUUUUUACCUUCAUAGUCUGGGAUGUACAGAAAAUUAUUAAGUGACCUCCAGACGACAAAUACAGGCUCUGAAAAUGUGCUUUAAAUUUAAGAUAGCAUAAGCAGCCCUCAGUGAACAGACACUGAAUACAUAAUGAGGUCGUAUCCACGUGUACCAGAGAACGCAGUUUGAGAAACAUUUGCAACUGCAAAUUCAAGUAAAUACAAUAAUUGUUUAGUAUUUUUUCUCUCUUCAUGGUCUGUAACGGUGUUGCUUCUGUUGUUCCUUCUUUUUGAUGCCAGACUAAACUGCCUAUAUUUCGAAAAGAGUCUUUGAAAAGCACUGGCUAAUGUAGAGGAGAUAGAUCUGUGGUACUUCCGAGCCCUAACUGCCCUCUCUGUCUCUUCACAGAGCCAAACCACCAGGGGUACCAUGAGUUGAAGGAGACUGCACCAUUUAGUCAUUACUAGGCCUCCUAUGGACCGAAUCAAUGUGAUAACAAUGGGGCUUUGGACUCUCUCUACAGUAGAGUACUGUAUCCACAACGGCUGUGGACAUCAAUGAGGUUUCUGUGGUCUGAAGACCAACAAUCAACAAAACUCUUUUAGAAUUACAGGGCAAAUUGUUCUGGCUGGAAAUGUCAAUGGAUUUCGAUGUGUUACGUUCUAGGAUGAAACUGCCACAGACUUUCUGUCUCUUACUUCUGUGUAUUUUUUAGGGGGAGCAUGUAAAUUAAAGUGGCGGUUAAUACGGUGAGAGAACACAGUAUGAGCAUAGUAUUACCAUGUACCAAAUAUAUUUAUCAUAAUGUGACAAGUUAUGAGGGUUUACGUAUGGAUGUAAUUAAGAGGCUGAACAAACAUCUUCAGUAGCAACUAUAGAUUCCACUGUCAGUAAUAUACUGUUCAUAAACUUAGAACAUUGUUGUACUCACUUUCCUUUUUGCUCCCGCCUACUGUUAUUUACAUCAUGAGCAAAUAAAGUUGUAUACAUCUGUGAAAUAGCAAAGUGUCAAAUGUAUAAUUAUAAGUGUAAGGGAGUAACAGACAACACAUACUCCAGUAAGUCAAACUGAAUCAUCAUAUUUUAAGAGCCACUCACAUUUGUCGUGCUUUUAUUGUUAGUAGAUGCCAUUUCAGAGGUGGAGGGACUCCAACACUGAGUCUGUACUCAGAUGUCAGAUACGUUUCUACAGAAGGGAGACAUUGAAUAAAAAAAUACUCUUGUUGAGGUCAUAGUUUGCAUUUUUGUUCGUUAAUAGGUUACUGUAUAUUAUUUUAUAAUAUUGAAUGAGCUGUCACUUGCAGUAAUGUAUUUACAAUCAUUAAAUAAAUAUGUUAUUAAAAUGCG